AUGGCGUCCUACCUUGAACCUGCGGGGUUCAAGGACAUGCUGAACAACGCCCACGAUGCGUGGCAGCAAAUUCGUAUUCCCGUAAUUCUUUUCGCGGCUUUCGGCUUGCUCGUUCUACGUUUCUAUCUACACAGCACCAAGGAGAAGGGAGAAUUGAAGGCGAUCCCCAAGGUCUAUAAUAGAGAAGAGUCUGCGACCAAGCUUGUAGACCAAAAGAAGGAGGCGAAGACGGAUGGUGAACUCAGCCCGCCGAGCCCUACCGCCGAGCCGAAAGCGCAGAAAUCGAACGGACCCAAGAGGAUAAAGGGCGGUCUAGUCAAGCGAGCCACUUCGGACUCAUCGAGAGGAGAAGCCCUGGCCCGCAAGAUAAGGCCUCUAGUCUUCUUCUCAAGCAUCACCGCAAACACGUCUAAGAUUGCAAAGGAAUACGCAGAACGCCUCGAAAAAGAGCUGCAAAAAGUCGCCACAGACACCAACUGCUUUUUCGCUACGCCCGAGGUCCUCGAUCUUGCCGAGGUCGACUUUGACGACUAUUUCAUCACCCCGCCCAAGUCGGAGGAGGACCCUGCCGAGCUCUUCUACCUCUUCCUACUGCCGAGCUACAACAUCGAUACGAUCAACGACACUUUUCUGGAACACCUUCAGGAGACUCACCAUGACUUCCGCAUUGAUACUGCUCCACUGUCUUUGCUCCUUGGAUACUCCGUUUUUGGCUUUGGUGACAGAGAGGGUUGGCCGACGGAGGAUGACGGUUUCUGUUUCCAGGCCAAGGAGGUCGACAAGUGGAUGGCCAAGUUGACAGGCCGGAAGAGAGCUUUCCCCGUAGGGAUGGGUGACACGAAGAGGGACUACACCGAGCGGUUAUCCGAAUGGUCCGAGGGCGUCGUUGAUGUACUCGGCAUGCUGGCCAAGACGGGCAGCUUGGGUGAGGGUCUUCCCGGAAGUGGCGCCCCGGAGGAGAGUGACGACGAAUCCGCGGAAGAGGAUGAUGAUGAAGUUCUCAUUGAGGACUCGGAGGCUAAGCCCGAGAAGCUGAAGAACCGCAAGAAUAUUGAUGACGUCGAGGACCUGGGCCGAAUUAUGAAGAGCUCAAACCCGGACGCGGGCACAAAAAGCCGCACGGUGGCGGCACCCAUCGCCGUUGACUUCACAACGUACGGCAAGACAGCGCAGAAGAAGACGCCCACAUCCGUGGUCAAGGAGAUGGUGCCAAAGAACUCACCCACCUACGCAUCACUCACAAAGCAGGGCUACUCCAUUGUAGGCUCACACUCAGGCGUUAAGAUCUGCCGCUGGACCAAGUCGGCUCUCCGCGGCCGCGGCUCUUGCUACAAGUAUUCCUUCUACGGCAUCAACUCGCACCAGUGCAUGGAGACGACGCCUUCGCUUUCGUGCUCUAACAAAUGCGUCUUCUGCUGGCGUCACGGCACAAAUCCCGUCGGCACGACCUGGCGCUGGGUCGUCGACCCUCCAGAGCUUAUCUUCGACGGUGUAAAGGCCAAUCACUACAGCAAGAUCAAGAUGCUCCGAGGAGUUCCUGGUGUUCGCGCCGAGAGGUUUGCUGAAGCCAUGCGCAUCCGGCACUGCGCUCUCUCCCUCGUCGGCGAGCCCAUCUUUUACCCUUACAUCAAUGAGUUCCUCGGCAUGCUCCACGCCGAGCGAAUCUCCUCUUUUCUUGUCUGUAACGCCCAGCACCCGGAUCAGCUUGCCGCCCUCAAGGCUGUGACGCAGCUGUACGUCUCCAUCGACGCCUCCAACAAGGAGUCUCUCCGCAAGAUCGACCGCCCCCUGCACCGGGACUUCUGGGAGCGCUUCCAGCGGUGUCUCGAUAUCCUAAGGGAGAAGCGCUUCAAGCAUCGCACCGUCUUCCGCCUGACCCUGGUCAAAGGUUUUAAUGUCGACGACGAGGUCGAGGGCUACGCUCAGCUCGUGGAGAAGGGUCUGCCUUGCUUCGUCGAGAUCAAGGGCGUCACGUACUGCGGUACCUCGACGGCGUCCAACGCUGGCCUGAGCAUGUCCAACGUCCCCUUCUACUGGGAAGUAGCCGAGUUCGUCAAGGCGCUAGAGAAGAGGCUCAACGAGAAGGGUCUUGGGUACGGCAUCGCGGCGGAACAUGCCCACAGCUGCUGUGUCCUACUUGCAAGUGAACGUUUCUAUGUCGAUGGCAAGUGGCACCCGCGCAUCGACUACCAGCGCUUCUUCGAGCUGCUGGAAGAGCGCGGCCCGGAUGGUGACUGGAGGCCGGAGGACUACAUGGGCGAGGCGACACCCGAGUGGGCUACCUGGGGUAACGGCGGUUUCGACCCCCGGGACGAGAGAGUGGACAGAAAAGGCAGGAAGAUUGAAAGGUAA